AUGUCUACACAGCUAGAUCUGAAGCGAAAUCACCAACAUGAGCACACUGCAUCUUCGACUGAGUAUUCAAAUAAUCGACAAAUCCGGAACAUGAAGAAAAAAUGCGCACAUUGUCACAAGGAUAUCCAAGGACAGGGAAAAACGACUCUGAAAGCAUUAAACAACUAUUACCAUGAAGAGUGCUUUACCUGCAGAGACUGUGGUGUCUUGUUAAAGCCAAAGUACUUUCCGUAUGAGCUUCCAGGAACAAACGAAACGAUAUUACUUUGUCAAUAUGACUAUUUUAGGCGGCACAAUUUACUUUGCCAUGUAUGUGAUAAGCCCCUUCGAGGUCUGUAUUACACGGCUUUCGGAAACAGAUACGAUGAAGAGCAUUUUUCCUGCUCAAUAUGUGGAGUACCAUGUGGAGUAAAAAAAUGCUUUAUGCACGAGGAUAAGCUAUAUUGUAAAUACCAUUUUUUGAAAUUCUUUUCCAAGCGAUGUAGCGGCUGCGAUUAUCCAAUAUCAGACCAGUACAUUGAGUUCCCUAAGGGCGACGAAAUUCAUUGUUGGCAUCCCGAGUGCUACGGUAUUCAUAAGUACUGGCAUGUCAAUUUAUCUGCGGAGACUCUUGGACUGUUAGCGCUUCCGGUGGUUCGGUAUGAAGAAGGAAAUAUAGACAAUAACAUCAAUCCUAUACCGAAGGAACUUGAUAGACAAAUGCAGGCAUUUAAUUCUAUCAUGUCCAGGACGUGGUCAGUUUUAUAUAGGUUUGAAGAGGAGACAGCUGCCUGUAUAUCAGAUAUGUUUCAAUAUUUGACUAUAUUCGAUCAAAUGAAGGGUAUAGAGGCAACAGCACUUUUCGUGUUGAAAAUAGAAUGCCUUUUCAAGGCAAUAGGAACUUUCGAGGUAUUUAAUUCUGGCACAGCGCCCAAAGAUCGCAAUUAUCAAACUAUUGGUCCUGAGGAAGCAGCGAAUGAAGCCGACAGCUCGACUUCCAAAUAUAGCAAAUUUCCAAGAAAUCUCUCUACAAAAAUCAUGAUAUAUCUUCAGCUUCUGCGCAAACUCAGUUCUGAAUCGAAAGAUACCAAAGUGAAUCUUUCCUCUUUCAUGUCUGUAAUUACAGGUUUGACCCAUUUUUUGAAGUUACUAACGAGGUAUGGUUUUCACACGGCACUGGAAAAAAAUAAACUUAAUCGUUCUGCAACAAUACUGUUAAGAUUCUUAAGGGAAAUUGAAAAGAAUGAACUGUUUGAGAAGGAUCCUUUUUCAUAUAUCGACGUUUCCAUAAAUGCCACUGACAACUGUGCCGAGUGUGGUAGAUACAUACAGGAAGAAUGUGUCCAAUUUCAGGACAAUAGAUGGCAUCUAUCUUGCUUUUCAUGUUCGAUGUGUAAGCAGAGGAUUGAUACUCAUGAUUUGGGGGAUGCGACUUACAAUAAGAGCUUGAAGCGAAUAAUGUGUUCGCGUUGUUCACCGAACGAUCCAGCCUCGAUUCCAGGUUUCAAAUAUAUCACCAAACUGGCACAGUUGGUAUUUCUUUUGAAGAUAGCAUUAGUUAGGUCCAAAGCAGUCAUGGAAGUACAGAUGAAAACCAAAGCUAGCAAAACCAGCAUAAGUGAAGCUCAUAACUCUGUUUCUAUGCAACAAACGUACAUUAGAACCUUAAAUGACAUCAAGAGACUAAGAUCAAGGAGGGAGUAUGUGCGAGUAACGCACGAUAAAGAAGAAGCAAGAAAGUCUGUCAUUUUAGAAACUUCAGAGGUCGACUUAAAUGGAUAUGCAUCUAAAAAAAACAAAGGUCUUCUCAUUCACACUGAUCCACUUACAAAUGGAAACGAUACAACACAUUCAAACGUAUUUGCGGACACAAAAACCUUAACAUUAGAUGAUAUAUCUCGUAUUGUUGCUGUUGAGCAGGCCAGAGAAUUGAGGCCCAACGCCUUCACUCACUUCAAAAAGUUACGUGAAAAUGAUGAGGAAACUGCAAAUGUCAUCUCCAAGAAAAGUGGUGUGUACUACUCUGAAUUGACAUCAGAUGAACUAUUGAUAAUUCAAUCUAUCAGCCUUUCUUUACUUGCUUCUAAUAACAAAAUAGUCCCUGAUGAUAAUUCUCUCCGUAGGUUGAUUCCAUUAAAACAAAAGAUGGAAAAGUCGAGCCCCGGCAAUUUUUGGUGGAAAAUGAAAAUUAUGAUGAACAAAGAGACAAAAAAGCCAAGUGAUGGAAAAGUUUUUGGAACCCCUUUAGAAGUGCUGUCAAAUAAAUGGGGUGUUGAAUCUGAUUUAGGUAUUGGUCCAUCAAGGAUACGCAUUCCGAUAAUCAUUGAUGAAUUAAUAUCAUCCUUGAGACAAAUGGAUAUGUCUGUCGAAGGAAUUUUCAGGAAAAAUGGAAAUAUUAAACGUUUAAAAAUUUUGACAUUAGAUAUUGAUAAUAAUCCAAGUGAACCACCAGAUUUUUCAAAAGAAAAUGCAAUUCAAUUAUCUGCUCUUUUAAAAAAAUACAUCAGAGAAUUACCCGAUCCACUGUUGACAACCGCAUUGUACAACUUGUGGAUCAACUCUGCAAAGAUUAAUUCAAGCUCUGAAAAACAGAUGACAAUAGCAUUGGUUUAUAGUAUGCUACCAGUGUACAACAGAAACGUUUUAGAGGUGAUGUUAUCAUUUUUGUGUUGGACAGCAUCGUUUUCUCAUAUUGAAAAUGAGAUGGGCUCAAAGAUGGACAUUCAUAAUCUUUCAACCGUCAUUACUCCCAAUAUACUCCACAUGCACAACAACGGUGUACCAAGCGUAACUUCCUCGGAAGUAUCUCGUACAUACAACGACACAUUCGCGCAUAACGAAGGCGAAACUUAUUUUCUAGCAAUUGAGGUUGUUGAUUACUUGAUUACGCAUAAUGAGGAAAUGGCUGUGGUUCCAAAAUUUUUAACAGCACUGAUGAAAGAAAUUAAAAAUAAAAAAAUCGAAGGCUACGAACUGAUUAAUAAAUAUGUUCAAGAAAGAUGGAAGAACAAAGAAAUUGAUUUAUCCGAAUUUGAAAUUCAGCGAAACGUUCAAAUGAAGCACUCGACAUCCGUAGUUACUCAGGGAGAAGUAAAAAGGUAA